CCUACAACCCGUCUUCUCUCUCUCUCUCUCUCUCUCUACCAUGGCUGGCCCCUUAAAUUAAAGCAAUCCAUUUCAUAUCCGAAGAGAAAAGAAAAAACUUAUUGGCCAUGGGCGUCGACAUGUCUAACCCUCCAAAUUCUCACACCAAAGAUUUCUUUGCUUCUCCUGCUCUCUCUCUAAGUCUUGCGGGGAUAUUCCGGGAUGGGGGUGCAGGGGCAGCGGCAGCAGCAGCCGGGAGCAUGGAGGUGGAGGAAGGAGAUGAAGGGAGUGGAGGAGGAGGAAGAAGGGAUGAAUAUCAGAGGGCUGAAAUCAGCAGUGAGAAUUCGGGACCCACGAGAUCCAGAUCAGAGGAUGAUUUUGACAGAGAAGACCAUAAUGAAGGUGAUGAAGAUCAUGGAGACGACAAGAACAAGAAGAAGAAAAGAAAGAAGUACCAUCGCCAUACUGCUGAGCAAAUCAGAGAAAUGGAAGCGUUGUUUAAGGAGUCACCUCAUCCAGAUGAGAAGCAAAGGCAACAACUAAGCAAGCAAUUAGGUCUUGCUCCAAGGCAAGUCAAGUUCUGGUUCCAAAAUCGUAGAACCCAGAUCAAGGCUAUACAAGAACGCCAUGAGAACUCAGUGUUGAAAUCAGAACUGGACAAGCUCCGAGAAGAAAACAAAAUCAUGAGGGAGACCAUAAACAAAGCUUGCUGUCCCAACUGUGGCUCAGGAACCACCACAAGAGACGCUUGUAUCACCCCUGAGGAACAAGAACUACGCAUUGAAAAUGCCAAACUCAAAGCUGAGGUAGAGAGACUGAGGGCGGGUAUAGGGAAACAGCAGGCUGCAGGAGCAGCAUCUUGUUCAGCUGGUAAUGAGCAAGAAAACAGAAGCUCUUUGGAUUUUUACACUGGGAUUUUUGGGGUGGACAAGUCAAGAAUUACGGAGAUUGUUAAUGAAGCAAUGGAAGAGUUGAAGAAAAUGGCUAGUGCUGGUCACCCUCUUUGGGUUCGAAGUCUGGAGACUGGUCGUGAAAUACUCAACUACGAUGUGUACAUGAAGGAGUUCUCAGUUGAAAAUUCCCCAGUUAAUAUUAAGAGGCCAGUCAUGACCUCCAUUGAGGCUUCCAGAGACACUGGACUUGUCUUCGUCGAUCUCUCUAAGUUAAUACAAUGUUUCUUAGACGGGAAUCAGUGGAAGGAAAUGUUUCCAUGCUUAGUAUCAAAGGCAGCCAUUGUCGAUACGAUAUGUCACGGUGAAGGGCCUAACAGAAAUGGUGCUGUCCAAUUGAUGUUUGCAGAGCUGCAAAUGCUUACACCAAUGGUGCCUACUAGAGAAGUUUAUUUUGUUAGAUAUUGCAAGGAACUGAGUUCUGAACAGUGGGCUAUAGUUGAUGUUUCAAUUGAUAAAGUUGAAGAAAACAUUGAUGCAUCUCUAGUUAAAUGCAGAAAACGUCCCUCCGGUUGCAUCAUCGAGGAUAAAUCAAACGGUCAUUGCAAGGUAACUUGGGUAGAACACCUAGAAUGCCAGAAAAGCAAUGUUCACACCAUGUACCGCACCAUUGUCAACAAUGGACUAGCCUUUGGUGCAAGGCACUGGUUGGCGACAUUGCAGCUUGAAUGUGAGCGGCUUGUGUUCUUCAUGGCAACCAAUGUUCCGACAAAAGACUCAAUUGGUGUUGCAACACUUGCUGGGAGGAAGAGCAUUUUGAAGUUGGCACAAAGAAUGACAUGGAGCUUUUGUCAUGCACUUGGAGCAUCAAGCUACCACACAUGGAACAAAGUGUCCAGCAAAACUGGAGAAGAUGUAAGGGUUUCUUCUAGGAAGAACUUAAAUGACCCUGGUGAACCAGUUGGAGUAAUCGUAUGUGCAGUUUCCUCCGUGUGGCUACCUGUGUGUCCUCAUCUUCUCUUCGACUUCUUGAGAGAUGAAGCUCGUCAUAGCGAGUGGGAUAUGAUGUCCAAUGGAGGUCCGGUACAAUCUAUUGCAAACUUAGCCAAAGGGCAGGACCGGGGCAAUGCAGUAACCAUUCAAAACAUAAAAUCAAAAGAAAAUAGUUUAUGGGUGCUGCAAGAUAGCAGCAUAAAUGCAUAUGAAUCAAUGGUGGUUUAUGCUCCUGUUGACAUCACAGGCAUGCAGUCAGUAAUUACGGGAUGUGACUCAAGUAGUAUAGCUAUCUUACCUUCAGGAUUCUCAAUUCUUCCUGACGGGCUCGAGUCAAGGCCUUUGGUGAUCACUUCCAGGCCAGAGAAGAGCAAUGAAGGAGGAUCUUUGCUGACAAUAGCAUUCCAAAUCCUAACUAAUACUUCUCCCAAUGCUAAACUAACCAUGGAGUCUGUAGAAUCUGUUAACACCCUCAUAUCAUGCACACUGCGAAAUAUCAGGACAAGCUUGCAAAUCGAAGAUGGUUGACUAAUCUAGCUAUGUUGUUUAGGUAGACCUACUAAUUACAUGUAAAAGUCAUAGAUUUUCUAUUUGUAUUUUUUUUUGUCUUUAAUUUUUACUAGGAAAGGUAGUUUUAUGUGCACUUGCUCUUGUUCAUCCUGGGUUAAAACAUGGCUCUAUUGUCCGCAUUCUGAAGAAAGAUCAGGCAGCGACAGGCAGCCAUGAUUUACAAUUGUCAUACAUCUAGGAAACUGGCACAUUCCAAUGUAUAGAAUGUUAUUCAUUAA